GCGGCCCGGCCCUGCCCGGCGCUGACGGGAGGAUGCGCCUCGGCGGCCUCGGGCAGUGGCUCCCGCGCCGGCCGCCGCCCCCCGGAGCGCGUCCGAGGUCGCUGUCGCCUCAGGUUUGGUGUGUGCAGCGGUGUGGGAGUGUGAACUACUGCCAGUCACAGCUUUACAGCACAGCGGUGCCCCGCGAUGAAAUAACAGUUAACUAUCGACAUGGCCUUCCCUCGAUCACGCUUACUUUGCCGUCCAGAAAAGAGCGCUGUCAGUUCGUAGUCAGACCAGUGUCGUCAACAGUUGGUUCCUUCCUCCAGGACCUGCGGAACGAAGACAAGGGCAUCCGAACCGCAGCGAUCUUCACAGCAGAUGGCUAUGAGAUGCCAGCUUCAACCUUGAUGGAUAUUCUGCUAAUGAAUGAUUUUAAACUUGUCAUUAAUACAAUAGCAUAUGAUGUGCAGUGCCCCAAGAAAGAAAACCCGAGUAACGGGCAUGCUGCCGAGAUGGAAAACAUGAAGUCCUUGGUUCACAGACUGUUUACCGUCUUGCAUUCAGAAGAGUCUCAGAAAAGGAGAGAGCAGGAUUUACUGGAUAAAAUCGACCACCUGAAAGAACAGCUGCACCCCCUCGAACAGGUGAAAGCUAGAAUCGAAGCUCACUCAGAAGCCAAGACUAGCGGGCUGCAGUGGGCUGGCCUCUCGCUGCUGUCUGCCCAGGGCGGGGCGCUGGCCUGGCUCACGUGGUGGGUGUACUCCUGGGACAUCAUGGAGCCCGUUACCUACUUCAUCACAUUUGCAAACUCCAUGGCCUGUUUUGCGUACUUCUUAGUCACUCGCCAGGAUUAUACUUACUCAGCUGUUAAGAGGAGGCAGUUUCUUCAGUUCUUCCACAAGAAAUCAAAGCAGCAGCAUUUUGAUGUGGAACAAUACAACAGGUUAAAAGAAGACCUUGCUAAGGCUAAAGAAUCCCUGAAACGGGUGCGUCACUCUCUCUAUUUGAGAAUGCAAGUAGAGGAGCUCAAUGAAAAGAAUUAGUCUAACAUUUUUAAACAUCAUUGGAUCUUCCCAUUAUGUACUGAUUUUGCAACUUAAAAAGUGGAUGUUUUUUGAGUCCCACAGUUCAUUUCAAUUUGACUGUUGAAUCUUUUUCAGUUAAUAAAUUCUCAUAAAGCAGAA